AUUUGCCCCACAUACCAUUAUUCUCUGGACGGUGUGACCGUCUUCCAACGCAGCUGGGAAAACCAGACAAUGAUACUACAAGAAGUGGGACGUAUAUCACGUCGAAUCGUACAAACAAUAGCACGCCAGGACGGUGUCACCCUACGCCCUGGAAUAUGUGCGAGAUAUUUGCACGGGAGCAGUCGAAUGGGCGUUGAAUCGCAGUAUCUUUUAACCACGCGUUUUCUAUACAACUCACUGCGGCUACGGCAAUAUGCCUCCAUCAGUAGCAGCACUCAGGACACAACAAAGCCAAUUCCGUCAUCACGGUGGUCGAAACACACACUGACCUCUCGCGAUCCGCGACGUGUACAGGCGUCGGGUCCUGACGGACGCGUUUUCGAACUGCUCGUAGACGAUUCUGCUGUUAAACAACUUGAGAACAUAUGCCGGCGGAGAAACACGGACAACGUUGGUCUACGGUUGACCGUAGAAGGCGGUGGCUGUCACGGUUACCAGGUCCUGUACUCUGUUGAAUUACGCGGCAGCAAUGACGACGAUAUAACCUUCCAACGCGGAAAGGCACGUAUUUACAUAGACACGAUCAGUGCACCCUUGCUGCAGGGGUCGACGCUCGUGUACAAACAGGAGCUGAUUGGAUCUUCGUUUCAGGUGGUCGAUAACCCGAAUGCGAAAGACUCGUGCGGGUGCAAUGUGAGUUUCGCUCUCAAAGACACCGAUCCCCUGGAAUGAUCACACACGAUGACGAAUCUGCUGCGACUGCAACUGCAUCAGGGCGCACAACAGCGCUGCGGAUAUAACUGUACUGCAUUGCACGGCACUAUAUGUACGAUUAAGAGAACGAAAAGCAAGACCCGAAACAGAAUUAGAGAGGACUAUUGGCGGGCUCGAUGCCGCGCCCAUGCUUCGUGUGUGUUGUAAGUGCACGUGUGUUUGCACGUCUUGAGGCUUGAGUGUGUAGUGCGUGUAUGUAUGUGUUGAGUGUCUUGACAAAAAAGGAGCAAUAGGAGCAGUAGGGGCAUUGGCGUUGCCUGUUCUUCCUCCACUCGACUCUAGUGCAUCAUCCCCACAGUGCGAGUUUUCUAUUCGCCCAUGAUCUUACGGACGCGCUUUAAGAUGGUAUCCUUCUCGGGGUCGUAUGGAUGCUCUUUACUGGGGAUUUCCAAAAUAGCAGGGAAUGCUUUCGUGCAGGCUUCGACACGGCCGCGAAUACGGUCGGCAAUAUACUGGCUUAUUAACACAAUUGCAAUAUCAUCCCGCUUCUCUGUGAAUUCCUCAAACACGCUUUCAAUUUGCGCAUCUGUAGUUUCUGCACGCGUUAACAAAAAGUCUACGACAAAAAGCACAUCUCGUGUGUACUAUAGCAGUAAUAAUGCACGUACUGGUGUCGACCACAAAAAAGUUCUUGUCGCCGUUAUCGUUCACCUGGCCAGUUCCAGCCAAAAGCAUGCCUGUCACAGUGUUCUAGUGGGCGUUAGUAGCGGCGCUGAGCAACAAGUCUUACAUCGUCACCGAUGACGGCAAUCAGCGUUCUCUUCGUGUAGUCAGCCAUGAGGAGUAGGAGGAGAGAGAGACACGCCUGGUAAUGAGAGACUUGGCAUUUAAGGAGAACGAGUGCGUAGUGCGGUGGAG